CGUAUGCCUGUCUUUUGUGUCCCGUGUCUCUCCUCACCGGAUCGACUACGUUCGAUUACCAUGCAAAAAUUGAACGAUACCCACGUAAAUACGUACGUGCCGUUGUUAACCGCGUAGGGAAACUCGGUGUACGUAUCGCGGAGGACGCGUAUGCCCUUGCAAGAAGUUAGCCGCGCGCACACACGUGUGUACACGUACAAUAUCCACCGGCUGGAGGGGUUUAUCAGCAUUCAGCAUUGCUUUGCUGGCACUGUUACACACUUUACUUCACACUCGGUCUCUCUCUCGGUCUCUCAUUAUAGUGUUCAUUUACCUAUCCACCUUAUAUAUACACUUUUAUCAUAACAACCGCGUGCAAGUGUUUAAGCAGACCUCUGGUAAAACAGUUGAUCCUUUGCGAUCGGAACUUCCAACUGUGUUAUUAUUAUGCAGUAUACCUCUUCCGUGUUUCCACCGUGACGCCCCUCUCGUUCAAUUUUUGCCGCGAGAAAAAUUCGGUUUCUCCGUUUCUUCGCUUUCGGUGGAACAAUUAUCGCUCGUUAGUUGUGCCUCGCGAGGAACCUAUCGUUUUACAUCUACGUUCUCCACUUGUGUUACACAUACACAUACAUAUUCUCGUUCGUAUCAAAUUCGAAGUAAAACUGGGUGUACAUGGAUAAGAGAAGUUUUCGCUGAACGAGAAAUCUACAAUGCCGCCAGAUUUUCGCAGAUAUCGCAUCGGCUGUGAUAACGCUCUGAUACCGAUAUCUUGAUUGUGUACGUUAGUCCAACAUUGUCUCCAAGGAGAUCCCGUGUCACUUUUACUCCGCUAUAGUAUAUUUAUCAUGGAAACCGACGAGCUGUUUCUGUAUUUCGCUAUAGCGUGCGGAGUAAUCGGAGGUGCUCUAUUGCUGCUGUUCAUUUUGGUGUGCGUACUGUUUAUCAAAGUGAAUCGAUUACCUGCUGACGGGUCCAACCAACUGAACAGGCAAACCAGUAUGAUGGCAGAUUUUUGUUACACGAAUCCCACGAUCGUGCCUGGAGAAUUGUUAGCUCGGCGUGGAUUUUCGAUGUACAGCGGCGCGGAUAAUUUUAACGAGGAUUUCGGAACGAAGAAAGACUAUCAUUUUGGGACGUAUCAAGAGUCCCGAUCGAAAUUCUGA